ACAGGCUUCUCUGUCCGCCAUUUUCGUUAGCUGGUGUCGCAGGAGUGGUCGGUGGAAUCAUUCAGCUAGCCGUAUUAUCUGCUAUUAAGGUCACUUUUGCAAACUAUUUACUUGCUCAUUUCGACGCAUAUAGCACAGUAUCAUUUUUUUUUGCAAAAUAGUAAACUGUGUACGAAGAUGUCCAACGAGCAGGCCGAAAACACUACCGAGAAAGCAGGCCAGCAGCAGCAGCAGCCGCCGCCACAACAGCAACAGCAGCAGCAGCAGGGAGAACUGAAUGGGAAAGCCAAGCACGAGCCUAAUUCAAGCAGGAAGGAGAGGCCACAGAAGAGAGGUGGAGGCGCACGCUUUGAACCCUAUGGAAAUGCCAACAAAAGAUACCGUGUUUUUGUCAGCAACAUCCCCUAUGAUGUGAAAUGGCAAGCCCUCAAAGACCUGAUGAAAGAAAAAGUGGGUGAGGUAACGUACGUGGAACACUUAAUGGACGCAGAAGGCAAAUCGAGGGGUUGUGCUGUUGUCGAGUUUAGGACUGAAGAGCUAAUGAAGAAAGCUGUGGAGAAGGUAAACAAGCACAACCUCAAUGGACGACCGCUAAAAGUGAAGGAGGACCCUGACGGUGUGAUUGCUCAGAGGGAAAUCAACAAGGCUCAAGGUGGAGGCCCUCCAGGAGGCCAUGGCGGAAUGGGGGGGAUGGGAGGGAUGGGAGGAAUGGGUGGAAUGGACCGGAUGAACAUGGAUCGAAUGGGACCUGGACCAAAUGGCCCCAUGGUCAACAUUCCUCCCAGCCUGAUGAACAACCCCAACAUCCCCAACGAGAUCAUCCAUGGACUCCAGGCUGGCAGGAUUGGCAGCACUGUCUUUGUGGCUAAUCUUGACUACAAAGUGGGCUGGAAGAAGCUGAAAGAGGUGUUCAGCAUGGCGGGCAUGGUGGUGAGGGCUGACAUCCUGGAGGACAAGGAUGGCAAAAGCAGAGGCAUGGGCACAGUUACAUUUGAUAUGCCCAUUGAAGCUGUCCAGGCUGUCUCUAUGUUCAAUGGGCAGCUGCUGUUCAACAGGGUCAUGCACGUCAAACUGGACGAGAAGUCCCUGCCCAAAGAUUUUGGACCACCUGACAGAGGUGCUGCUCUUCCUCGUGGUCUGAGUGGUGUUGGUUUGGGCCUGGGCCCUGGUGGCCAGCCCAUUGAUGCUACCCAACUCAACAGAGGAGGCAGUGGAGGAAUGGGCAACAUGGGCCCUGGAGGAAUGGAUGGAAUGGGCUUUGGCAACAUGGGAGGUCGUAUGGGAGGAGGAAUGGACAACUUUGGAGGGAUGAACAACAUGGAUCGUUUUGGUUCUUCAGGGAUGGGCAGAAUGAAUGAGAUGGACCGUGGGAUUGGUGGUGCUUUUGACAGGGAGUUUGGGCGAAAUGAAAUGGGAAUGUCUCGCAAUAAUUUUGGAGACUCCUUUGAAAGAGGAAUGGGAAACUCCCUGGGUAUGGACCGCAUGAACUCUGGAAUGGACCGGCUGGGAGGUAGCAUGGACCGCAUGACAGGGAUGGACCGGAUGGGCGUGGACAGGAUGGACCGCGUGUCUGACAUGGACAGGCUGGGUUCUGGGUUUGACCGGAUGGGCUCGGGGAUGGACCGUCUGGGGCCCAGUAUGGACAGGCUAGGACCUGGCCUGGACCGUAUGAGCUCUAGCAUGGACCGCCUCGGCCCAGCUGGGUUUGAUCGCCUAGGCCCGUCUGGUUUGGAUCGCAUGGGUUCUGGCCUGGACUUUGGCUCUCCAAUGAGUAUGGAUCGCAUGGGCAACACUGGGCUUGACAGAAUGGCCAGCAGCUUCGACCGCAUGGGCUCCACUGGAGGACUCGACCGCUUCCCCUCCGGCGGCCUGGACCGCAUGAGCUCUGGCAUGGACCGCAUGGGAUCUGGAGGUGUUGGUGGCCAGUUUGAUCGGUCUGCUGACCUGGAUCGUGGGUUUGGUGGCAAUUCCUUUGGAGGAGCUGGAGCUGGAGGGCCUGGAACCGGGGGAAGCAAUGUCAGGAAGGGAUGCCAGAUCUUUGUCAGAAACCUGCCUUUUGACUUCACCUGGAAGAUGCUGAAAGAUACCUUCAACACAUGUGGCAUGGUCCAGUAUGCUGAUAUUAAGAUGGAGAAUGGCAAGUCCAAGGGCUGCGGUGUGGUCCGCUUUGACAACCCUGAAACUGCAGAGCGUGCCUGCCGGACAAUGAAUGGCUACCGGCUGAAUGGAAGAGAGAUCGAUGUCAGGAUUGAUAGGAAUGCAUAAAUUACUUGUCUGUCACAUCUGACAUUUAAUUUAGUUCCUCAUGUCCUGAUGUUCUGCAUCAUCUGCAGCUCAUAUGAAUAUAAACACUUGGUUUAUUAGAUAUUUGUAACAGUGCAAAUGUUAUUUUAGUUUGUAAUUUGUAACAGUGAAAGUGUUUUAGUUCUUUCAUAAAUUUUACUUUUUUUUUUUCAUUUUUAGAGACCAAAUUUUUAAUUUUUUUCUUUUUUUCUGUCUUGCUUCACCUGUCAUUGCCUUUGUUCUAUAAGGUGUUUUGAUAAAUAAACCUCAAUAUUUGAAAUGC